UAACUACGUCCGUCGCAUAAUUGACACGUUUUAGCGUGGCGGAGUGGGAAGAUGGCUGUAACAGCGGCUUGGAUGCAUGGCUCCUCCAAUAUGCGGCUAACCGAGGGUCUGGUGUCUGUUCUGAAGGAGCAGCGGCCCGAAUAUUUACCUGCACUUUUAGCGAAUUACCGGGAGCACGGCGUGUUCUCGACACAGAGUACUGGAGCUGUGGGUGGUCUCGUGGGACUCAGCAACGCCAAACUUGGCAACAGCAAAACCAAGUUCGAGGGGCUGUGUCUUCUCUCAGUGCUGGUCAAAGACAGUUCUAGUGAUGUGUUCCAACAACACUGUCUCUCAUGGCUACGGUCCCUACAGCAGGUCAUACAGUCCCAGGACCCCCUCCCGUCCGUCCAGCUAGCGGUGGGUGUCCUCCAGGACCUGCUCCAGUAUUCAUCCCAGCUACCUGAGCUGGCCAGGGAGGUGGGCCUCAACUCUGUCCUGGGGAUCCUCACCUCCCUGCUAGGCCUCAAGUCUGAGUGUCACCUAGCUGCCAUGGAGGGGAUGACUGCAUGUAUGACCUUCUAUCCCCGAGCCUGUGGCUCCCUGAGGGACAAACUGGGUGCCUAUUUCUUAUCCAAAAUGGAGAGUGUCAACCCAAAAGUACAAGAGGUAGCAUGUGAGUGUUAUGGUCGUCUGACCUGUUUGGGCGGAGUGGUGGAGAGAGGGGGAGGCGGGCGCAGAGCCGAGGGAUGGACCAAUCAGCUUCACUGCCUGUUGGCCUCGGCCAAUGGCAUACUGGCACAACUCUACCAGGGCUCUGAAUCAGAAGGGACAGUGCAGUAUGAAGGGCCAGGUGUCGAGCUGCCCUACCAUCCUCUGGACGACUCAGACCCCCUCCUCCUGCUGCAGUUACAACACAGAUACAGAGCUGCCUGCCUGGCUCUCAAACACACACUCAGUGUGGACCCGGCCUCUGCAGUGCGUCUACCUGUACAGCAGGUGCUCAACCUGGUCUGUCGCGCCCUGGCGGUCAGCUCCAAGAGCAUAAAUGUAACGGGUGAUGGGUGUGUGAGGCUGCUGGUGUUGCCUGCCGUACACAAAGACACUCUACAGGUGCUGCACGCUCUCAUCACAGCUUUAGGCAGUGGGUUGGUGCAGUACUCCGGUGUGCUCCAGAGACUAUUCUCUCAGACCCUGUCUGCCUGGACCCCUCUACCUGAAACCAGCCUGGGACAACAGAGAGCAUUCAGUGCAGUGCGUGUGUCCUUGUACCGUACCUUAGAACUCUGGGUAAGAGUGGGAGGAGCCUCAGCCAGUGUCUUGCAGGGAAGCCCCACCCACUCCGAGCUCCUAUUGGCCCACCUGCUGGGUGACAUCACACCAGGGGCGGACUCUGUUAGGCCCUCUAGCUCUCCCCAGCUACGUGAUCUGGUUUCCAGCAAGCCCUGCCCUAAAAGCCGGAAGCCUGGAUUGGCUGUGAGCGACGGGGGCGGAGCCUCUUUCCAGAGGAAAGGAGACUCGCUGGCCAAUCAGGACACCUGCCUGUCUGCACUCAGAGCAUUGAGACAAGUCAUACUGACCAGUGGAUCUCUACUGAAGGAAGAUAUACACAAGCGUCUCCACGAUGUCGUCCUCCCCCUGUGUGUGUGUCUGCAGCAACAGCAUGGCGCUAACUGGAGUGACAGCGGGGCUGGGGGGGUGAGUGGCCAGUAUGGCAGUGCCCCCCCACGUAGGGAGCUGUACCGUCUGCUACUGGCUCUGGUCCUAGUGCCCGCACCGCGAUGGCCCCCACCCCUCACCUGUACUGUGUCCAUACUCAGCCACGGGAGGAGGGAUAGGAGUCUGAAGGUAUCCUCCUUCUGUACAGAGGCCCUGACCAUAUGCAACUCCCUCCUCCAUCCGCGCACCCCCUCCCUCACUUUCCCCCUCACCCUCAAACCCACCCCCCCCCAGGCAUCCAACCUCACCCUCCUAGGGGGGCCCACCCCCGGACCUCCCUUCCCCAGCUCCCUGGACAACCACCUACCUCUGGUUCUUCCAGGGCUCUCCGGCGGCCAGAGACCCGUUUUCAUCCGUUACAACAAAGAAGAGGCAGAGGAUGUGGAGAUUUCGCUAGAGAGCGAUUCGGACGAUAGCGUGGUCAUCGUGCCACAGAGGAUGCUGAUGUUAGAAAGCCAAGAUGGCACCAGCGCUGCGGCCACUCUUCCCGGGUCUUCCUUAGCACCAGGUGGCGUCACACUCCCCGUGCCCUGUCCAGGGGGCGACCCGGGUGGGGACAUCUCCCUCCCCCUUUCCAACGACCUUCCCUCUACCUCCCUCCCUCACCCUCUCCUCCCCUCCUCCACCCCAAACUCCACCAUCAACUCGUUCCCUCCAGCUCCGCUAGUCUCUCUGGUUCCCCCUCUCAACUCCACCGGUGUGGCCCAACUCGGGGCUGACUCCCUGCCUGGAGCCCAGCUCCAGCAGAUGUUGCUCCAGGGCCAGCCUCCAGCACCAGAUCUCCCCAUACAGGUUCACCAGAACCAGUUAGUCCAGUCCAGCAGAGCCCUACAGCAGCAACAGCAAUCCACUGACGAAGAUCACACUGUCAUUAAUAUCAACAGCUCUGAUGAAGAAGAGGAUGAGCUGGAAGAGGAAGAGGAGGAAGAGAGCGAUUUCCCAGAUGAGGAAGAAUAUGAUGAUGAAGAGCUUGAUGAUUAUGAGGCGGAAGAGGGGGAGGAGAUGGAGGAUGAAGAAGAGGGAGAGAUUCGGCUGUUGGACGGAGAAGGGAGGAGAGGAGGGAUGGAAGGAGAGGUGCUCAGAGGGUUGGCGGAGGAGGGAGGGAUAGGAGGAUUCCGAGUGGAGAGCGAGGGGGAAGGAGGGAUAAAGGCUCAGGAGGUGGAGAGCGAGGGGGAAGGAGGGAUAAAGGCUCAGGAGGUGGAGAGCGAGGGGGAAGGAAGGAAAAAGGCUCAGGAGGUGGAGAGCGAGGGGGAAGGCGGGAUAAAGGCUCAGGAGGUGGAGAGUGAGGGGGAAGGAGGGAUAAAGGCUCAGGAGGUGGAGAGUGAGGGGGAAGGAGGGAUAAAGGCUCAGGAGGUAGAGAGCAUCGGAGUGAUGGAGGAAGAGAGAGAGGGAGAGGAGGAUGCCAAUGAAGGAAUGAAUGACCCGACCAUGCCUCAGAUCCUGUGUGUGACGGGCGGAGCUCUGAGAGAGAGGAAGGAGCUAGAUGAGGAAGGGGCCGAGCAUGGGCAGAAAUUGAGGUCAUGGGAGCAGAAGGGAAGCAAUCGGCCGGAGGGAACGUCCUCUUUUGAAGACGGUCCUGCUGCUCAACAACAACAGGAGGCGGAGCCUGCACCGGAAGUGAGGGUGCACGGUGACGAUCAGCCAUCCAAACAGGAGGGAGAAAUAUCCAAACAGGGCGGCAACAAUACCGGACAGGAUAUGAGGUCAUCAACAGCUCCGAGGGAGACCAAGGGAGAGGGGCCUGAACGAGAGAAAGAAGGAAAAGAGGGAGAGGAUGGGAGAGGGAUGAAGAGGAAGAGAGAGGGAGAGGAGGAAGGAACCGGACAGGGAACAGAGAAGAAAAAGUUGGAUGAAGAAGCGAUGGCGUCCAUGUUAGCCGACUUCGUAGCCUACCCUCCGGACAAUGUAGAAAAUGUGCCCUCUGCAUCCAACCGCCCAUCCUAAACAAGGCCAGACACGGCUCCAUCACAAUACCAUCAGAACAACUCGAUUUCUAGUCCCUUCCAUAGUCUCACACAUUCUUUCAUUAAACACACUGAGGCUGGGUUUAGACAGGCACCCCAAUUCUGAUCUUUUUUCCCCACUAAUUUGUCUUUGUUUUAUUUUUAUAUAUUUUUUUGCACCCCUUUUUCUCCCUAAUUUCACGGUAUCCAAUUGGUAGUUGUCUCUUGUCUCAUCGCUGCAACUCCCGUAUGAACUUGGGAGAGGCGAAGUUCGAGAGCCGCGCCUCCUCCGAAACACGACCCAACCAAGCCGCACUGCUUCUUGACACAAUGCCCACUUAACCCGGAAAGCCAGCUGCUCCAAUGUGUCGGAGGAAACACCGUACACCUGGUGACCGUGGCAGCGUGCACGGCGCCCGGCCCGCCACUGAGUCUCUAGUGCUCGAUGGGACGAGGACAUUCCUGCCGGCCAAACCCUCCCCUAACCUGGACGAUGCUGGGCCAACUGUGCACCGUCCCAUGGGUCUCCCGGUCACGGCCGGCUGCGACAGAGCCUGGACUCUGAGCCAGAAUCUGUAGUGGCACAGCUAGCACUCCGAUGCAGGGCCUUAGACCACUUCACCACUCGGGAGGCCUCUCACUAAUUGUUCUUUUGACCAAUCACAUCAGAUCUUUUCACAACAGAUCUUUUUCAGAGCUGAUCUAAUUGUUCAGAAGACCGAUUAGUGAAAUAAAUAUCAGAACUGGGCUACCUGUGUAAACACAGCCAGCCAUAGAGGUUGGAAUUAGAUCGGUCUUAAACGAUCACGUUUCGUCUUGAAUACAGGACAGUAGAUGCAUUUGUAAUACAACUCUCUGGACUAUUAUUUCUUUUAAACACUUUGAUUAUUUUACAUCAACCAUAAAGACUUUUCAGCUCAUACUGGUGUGUGUGCUAUUCUAUGGUUAGUGAGUGUAGUAGUAGUGUGUUUUUGGAUCUUUAUAUACAGUAUAACUUCUGUUCUUUUUGUUCUCCCAUUUUUUCUUAUAAAAUAAACGUCAAAUGCAAACAUGUUGAAACUAAUAA